GUCCGCCAUCUUUACAGGAAUAUUUGACAUCGGAUUAUUGGAAGUUGAGACCUUGUUGAUUCCAUUUUUUUCACUGGUUGCAGAGUAACUUUAAGGGUCAAUCAUGUCCGUUAGGCGUCAAUUAAAAAAUGUGGUUAACAACUACUCUAACGCUGAAGUAAAGGUCCGCGAAGCGACGUCAAACGAUCCUUGGGGCCCGUCAAGUUCUGUGAUGACUGAAAUUGCCGAUGCUACUUACAACGUUGUCGCCUUUUCGGAAAUUAUGGGGAUGCUAUGGAAAAGACUUAACGAUCACGGAAAAAAUUGGAGGCAUGUAUACAAGUCGUUGGUAGUUUUGGAUUAUAUCAUUAAGACCGGCUCUGAAAGGGUCGCACAGCAGUGCAGAGAAAACUUGUACGCCAUUCAAACUUUGAAGGAUUUUCAGUUUAUUGAUAAAGACGGUAAGGAUCAGGGAAUGAAUGUGCGAGAAAAAGCAAAACAACUUGUUGCGUUGUUAAAAGACGAAGAUAGAUUGAAGAGCGAAAGAGCGCGAGCUUUGAAGGCGAAGGAAAGAUUCGCUCAAGCCAGUUCGGGGAUUGGAAGUGAUUCAUUAAAAUCAGGUAACUUGCGAGACACAAGCAGCGCCUCUGACAUCCGUUUUGACAGUUCGUCAGUCCCAGUUACCUCUACAGCGCCUACAAGCCGUUCAUGGGAACCAGAAAGGAAAGUUGUAGGAAGUGAGAUGGAAACUUGCCGUCCAUCGAAUGCUAAUGAAGAGGAACUGCAGCUACAACUUGCCUUGGCACUCAGCAAACAAGAAGCUGAAGAGAAGGAGAAAAUGAAAGAAAGAGAAGAUCAACGCCUUCAGCUGGCAAUAAAUCAAAGCCAAAAACAAUCAGGGCACCCUCAAGAGCCUUGUUUGUUAGAUAUUGCCAGUGGAGUCAGUGUACCACCACCACCACCACCUCAAGAAACGUUUGACCCAUGGGGCUCUGCACCAGCCGCCGCAGCUCCUCCAGCAUCAAUGCCGAUGCCACAGCCUGAUCCAUGGGGGAGUGGUGUCACUUCAAGUGCCAGUACUACUUCUGAUCCAUGGGGUUCUAGUCCACCACCUCCCCAAAUGCCUGUGAACACUUCCCAGAAUUUGUUUGCUGUAGCUAAUGGAACAGCCAGCAUGGGAGCUGUAACAAGCAGUGAUCCUUGGGGGGCAGCCCCUGUGCAAGCCGCCCCACCUGUAGCACCUGUUGCAAGUGACCCUUGGGGAGGAGGGGGUUCAUUCCCUGCACCAACAGCAUCACAGCCACAAAACCUCUGGGAACCAGCCCCUAGUCAAAGCUUUGAUGCAUUUAACCAGAAUAACGCUGCAGGAGGAUUCCCAGGCCUACCCCCAGCUGGAGCAUUCAGCAUACCAAGCAAUAAUCAAGGCCCUGAGCCAACAAAGCAGCCAUCAUUCCUGGAUAACAGUGUCUCUAAUCUGGUGAACUUAGAUUUGCUUACCGAGAAGCCUGACACUGUCAAAAACCCAUUUUUACCUGGCCAACCUGUGGUUGCUAAGUCAACAAAUCCGUUUGUCCAAGAAAAACCCCAAGCUCCCACAUUGAACCAGCUUCGUGAGACACCAGGUGUUGGUAUUGGUACCGUCAGCAGUAUGCCCAAUAUGGGUGGAAAUGUGUUGUUGCCUACACCUCUUAUUCCAGAAUCUGGUCCAAGACCCCAACAAGUGCAGAGCAAUCCUUUCUUAUGAGGAACAAGGAAAAUCUCUCUGAAACAUGUAAGUUUCUUUUUUUGUAUACCAGAAAUGUUUGAGUUGUUUGUUUUGUAGCCUGAGUAGCAGACAUGGGUGAUUUUAGGGCAAAAGGAGAAAUAUGGAGGAUGUUCAUGCACAAGGGGAGAAAAGAACCCUGCUUUCCCAUUUACACCAGCACAUGACAGCACUGCAUAAAAAAUGUUUGAAAGCAGUUAGCAACAUGAAAGAGGCAUGUUCAUACCCAAGGAGGAAAAUAACCUUGUGUGUUUUGUUUAUAUUUGCAUAAAACAAACAAUGCAAUUUUAAAUUAGUAGAGAGGUUUUUGUCAACUAAACAUGCUCCCAUAUUCAUGUCAAACAAUGAUGGUGAUUUCAAUUAAUUCAUAAUUUGGUCCACUGCUGCUUCAGUUACCCUUGCUGUGUGAUCCCAAUUUAUGCUUUGUGACAGGGAAAUAUUGACAAUGCUUCAAUGCACAGUCGGUUAAAGUCUUUGCACCCCAGUCAGCAGAACAAAUAACUGGAAAAUUAAACUUUUUCUGAACCUGGUUUGUAUUACUGCCAUGAGAUCUCUACCAAGAAAAAAACAGUGCAAGGGAAAUUAAAAACCUCUUACAAUCACAAUUCAAACAGUUCUUUUGCAAUGCAGACACAUUUUCAAAAACUGACGAUAAUUUUUGUCAUCAGUUUGGAAAAAAUAGAUGUGCUGCAUGUAUGUUUUGUUUACAAGACUUAAAUUUCCAUUGACUGACAAAUUAAUAAUGCAUUGAAGUGACAGAAUAACUCCCUAGGGCCUUCAAUUCAGGCGCCUCCUCUCCCUAAUGUUUCCUUGCACACUCAAUAAAAAACUUACCAAAAGAAACCAUUCAGAACCUGCCACUUGGGUUAUUUAUUUGUUUGUUGUUUUUUAUUCUUAUGUGUUUGAUUGAUCUUGAAUUUACCCUGCGUUUUGUUGGAUAGAAAUUGUGUUAGCUGAAUUCUAAAUCAUAAGAUUUCAAAAUAAAACUGGCUUGAGAAUUUUAAAGUGAAGUGAAAAUUAAUGGCAAUUCUGUCUUACCCCUUAAAGUCCCAAAAGUGACCAACUUUAACAAUAUCAAUACAAAAUCAAGAGAAAAGGUUAUGACAAGUGCUUAAGUGAUCACCUAAAAAUGACUUAUUUUCUUUAUCAGAUUCUCUCAACGAAUUCUGAAGGGAAAUAAUAUGUGGAGAUACAUGGAAGUCUGGAGAAUUUGUAUGUAGAUAUUGGGGUUGUAAGGGACAAAGAGUGACCCUUUUGGUAGUUUGGAAGUUGGAGCUUGUCAUGAAGGACUUUAUAAUGAUGUUGUUUUUAAUAUUAAAUUAAUGUUCUUAAUAAAGUAAUAUUAUUAUUAUUAUAACAGAUUUGCCAAGAGUCAACAACAGAACCUAGAAAUACAAAUGCCUCGGUGCCAUCUUUGUUAAUGAAGUUUUGUUCUUUUUUUACAGCAGAAGCUGUUCAAGGUGGUAAGGAAAUUGGGUAGCAAUGAUGGUGAUGCACAAUGUAAAUAGACUUCAAAUUUAUCAACAAACUCCAAUGACUUGUAAGAUAAGGUAGUCUCAGUCCAAACUGGUGAACUUCAAUAGUAUGAUAACCUGGUAUUUGUUAGGAGAAUUAAAUGAUUUAUGAGAGAUCACUAAUUCUCACUAAUUGUCUUGAGGCUAAUUCCAGGCACUCCUUCAAUAUGGGUAGGUAAUCAUACAAUUUUUAGUUCAAUGUGGAAUUUAUUUGCGCAAGGGUGUUUUCAAACAGUAUGAAAAUUGCUUGAUUCCGUAGAGCAAAUGCAAUUUGAACUUUUUGAGAAACACACAAGUGUUAGUAAAUUCUAAAUUGAACAUUGAAGAAAAGCUUUAUAAUUACCCUUUAAUAAUAUACAUGAAAAAACUUAUGUGAUGAAAAUUCAUCCCCAAAAUAGUCUAACCGUAUAAUCGACACAAAAUUAACCCAGUCUCACAUGUCACCACAACGUGGUAUUAAAGAUUUUGGCACCUGAUAGGCAGGGCUGUCACUAAGAUUUCAAGUUGCCAGAUAAACACAACAAGAACGCUCUUAAAAAAAGCAUUAAGUCUCGCUUGUUUGGAGAUUAGAUAAAUCGGGAGGGAAUUAGUUCUACACAAAACAGGACUUUCUUGACAGUCGAGUAUUCUUCAGAAUAUUUCCUUUUUAUGUCAUUUUUGACGAUAAUUGAGUAUGUGUGUAUAAAAUCAAGUCAAGAGAAAUUACAUCAUUGCCAGAGACCAAAAAUGUGAUGAACAUGAUGCGUCAUUUCAAUCAUCACCAAAAUAAACCACGUGCUCAUCACAAGACUUAUUUGCAUAGAAUAAACGUUUACAACACCCGAUCAGUUUAUAGCCUCACAAUUGAAGUUUUCUCAGAAGUAUUCACUUGUUCCCAAGUAAUAAAUGCUUUCAAGCGAUGGAAUUCAUGGACUGACCCUUUCCAUGUUCUUUGGCAUCAAUCUUUCCUAAGCUUUGUUUACAAAAUAAAGCAUGGCUCUGGGACACGUUGCCACACUGUUUCCACAGUCUCCGCUAGAAACCCCUUGGACCACAACCCCCCUUUUGGCAGGCACAUAUGAAAAAAAAGAAACGCUUGCAUUUUUAGAGUCUCGCUGCUAAUGGAGCGAGACUAACAAGUAGGCGGGGAAUUAAGCAGCUAGGGAUUUUUUGUGGUUCCUUUUCUCUUCUACUUUCUUACAGAAGAAGCCGGGGGUUAUAUUCAUGGAAGCCAGAGGAAAUCCUUGGCCCCUCGGACCUUAAUGACAGCCCUGGAUAAGUCCUUUUAUAUCUCCAUUGUUUAUUAGCCAAUCACAGUGCUCCAUUCUUUGAAAUAUGUGCAUUUUAUUUCCUCACUUUUACCCUGUGUUUAACAAAAACUACAUUGCUCUCAGCCAAUAAGAUUCAAGAAAGUUUUUCAUGUAUAUUAUUAUAAUUAUUGGUGAUUAAUAAAGCUGGAGUGGUAUCUUUUCAGAUGUGAAAGAAACUGUUGUCAAAUGAUUAUAUACUGUACUGUAAUGAAUUAUUAUUAUUGAUUUAUUUUCAAAAAUAUCUGUUGAUUAACAGGUUUUUGAAGUAGGAUUGGGCCUUGUGAAUAUAGUUGUGAAUCAUCUACCGUGGUUUUUCCGAUAUGUACUCUGUUAGGUCCAGUAUAAGGGGCUAGGUCAUCGUUCCCUUUCACCAUUUAGCGGUGUGUCAGAGUUUUGAUAAAAUUAUAUCAAAAUAGCCUGAGUUCCUGAAUAGACCAUUUCAAGGUUUUUUCAAUUUUUGACUUUGGCCAGUCAGCUUUUCCAUCAACACCACCUCAAAGAGUGCCUUGAAAUCAGUAAAGUUGCGAAGAUGAGCAGUUUAAAAACUUACAAAGAUAUGGCUCUGCAAAGUGGCAGAAUUUUUAGGAGAUGGUAUAGUCGGGAGAACAUUUUUGGCUUCCCCAACACACCAAUAUCUAUUAAAAAAAAUUAUGACUUUACAGAGAUAUUAUAAUCUAUUCCCUCACAUUAAGGUGCUCUAUUUGGUAGUGUUGAUAAAGUUUCACCAAUUGGUCCAUGUCUUAAAUUGAAAAAAAGCAUUAAAGGGUUUCCCUUUUUAAGAACUUAACAGACAUGCACAGAGCAUAGGUGGGCAAAAUGGAAGAAGAUUUAAAAAUGAAUUGCAUUAAGUUAUACUUAGAAAACCUUAAACUGGCUUUUUUAUCUUAAUUGUAAGAAAAUAUAAUAUUAUUAUGUGAAAAUCACCUUCAUUUAGGUCUGUAGCUUCUAGUUUGACAACAAAUGACUGUUGUUUCUCCAGGUUAACCCUUUAAACCCCAAUAGCCACAUACAAAUUCUCCAAACUGGUCUCUAUACAUUUCCUUAAAGAAAGUGUUGAGAGAAUUUGAUAAAAGAUCAAAGCAUUUUCUCUUAGGUGAUCAAUUUAUUAAUUCUUAUAACCUAAUCUCCAGACGAUCCAUGGAUACGGUUAGGAGAAAAUUUAUGUUGGUCACCAUUGGGACUUAAAGGGUUAAAUUAUGGUGGUUUCAUAAUGUAGCUACAUGUAAACAAAUCCCUGCCAAACACUAAAAGCUAGGCCCUUAACAGAAGGACUCAAUUUACACUGCAAUGUGCCUUACUGUUGCCACUCAACAAAAAGUUAGUCAUUAAGUGAUUACCAACUUUUCAGAUGGGCUUGCAUUCUUGAUAAGCUACUAAAAAGGAUAUUGAGAUAGAAUAUGAUUGUGUCAAUCACUUAUCAACAUUUUCAUCAUUAAUAUGUGUACAAGUAUCAAAGUGUCUUGAUAAUUUGUCUGUUUGUCACAAUUUGUAAUUUAGUCAUCCAAUGAAUUUGCAUAAAGCUCUUUGCCAUUCCUUAUUCCCAAUUUUUAGUCAGUCUUUAAUACACCAUUCAAGGUAUUAAUUACUUCGACAUAAAAACAAAUAAGGGAAAGAAGCAUCAUUGGCAGUCUGGUUAGACUAAAGAUGGAUUUUGGUCAAUGGAAAUGCUAAUUAAAAUAAUUAAUUUGAAAGCAACCUUGGGACCUUUAAAGCCAUCCAGAAAUUGGUUUGUUACUUUUCAGUGCAGUAAAGAGUCAUGAAUCAAAACUCAUUAGGGGAAGGCAAAGUUGCAGAUAAACAAACUAAUGCAAUAGGUUUGUCUUACUAAUAAAACUUUAUUAACCUGAAAAGGCUUUUUGUUGUUUGGCCACAGUAUAGACAUAGGGCACUUUUAAUAGGACACUGGGUGAAAAAUAACACUCAUAUUAAUUUAAUUAUAAGUUAGACAAUGCUGUGCUCUUGCAAUGCCUUGUUACCUGUGUGACUCAAUUUGGCCUUUUGGCAAGGAGGAGAUGUUAGUUUUCCCUUAACCUAUUCAGAGAUUAGGGGCUCCCACUGUUUUUCUUAUAUAUCACCCUUGAUGCAAGUAUUUUGGCAUCACCAUCUUAUUGCUUGUGUCAUUUACAUUCAGUUAGCUGGGGGUUGAAUCUAGCCUGCAGCACAGACCAAACUAAACCUUUGGUUGCAGUGUAAGUCUGUCUGCAAGCCAGCAUCAACAUCCCCUUUCUGGGAGACCACCUGUGUAAGCGGAUAUUAGAUUACCUUGCAUUGCGUUUGUUGUUGAUAAACUUGCAUAGAGGCAAGUACACCAUUAUCUGUAAUAGAUAGCACGUGGCUGUGGUCUUUCAUCAGAGGUAACUGUGCUUGCAAACUCCCAAGGGAAACAAAUAUGGCUUGACUUCGCAAGGGUUUGGUUUAGUAGGAAAAUAGUUGCUGAAAGUUAAAUUAGUUUAUUAAAGUUUGAGUUGAGGGGUUUUACUGCACUUGCAAGAUCAGGCAAGCUGAAAAUGCCUUUAGGCUGGCUCUUUUCUUCUCAUUUUAACUGACAUGUAUUUUUUUCAUCAAACGUUCUGUAUACUAGUCAUUUUCUCUUGUAAAAAAAUGGCAAUAGAUUACAGAAAAAGAUUUUUGUCAGUUUUGGCAGCUUUGAAGUGGGGUUAUGUGCAAGUAAAGUGGUCAAUAGUAAUUGUAUUAAGCGAGUUCAAUUAUUUGUCUGCCUUUUAAGAAGCUGUGCAGUUAUUCAAGUACCAAUUUGCUUUAAUUACGAAUUACAGUGCCUUUUAUAAGCGGUAGAGCUAUGUCCAGGGUAACGUCAACCAAUUUGCAACAAUAUCUUACAAAUAAUCACAUUUUAACGAAAUAAUAUUCCGUAGUGUCUUUUUUCCCAAUAAAAGCUGAAG